ACCGAGAGAAGAAGCAGCUUCGGGAGCUGUUUGUUGGAGUCUCUGCUGUGUUGUUUUGUCUCACAGAGGAAACAUUUCAUCUCCUGCAGAAACGAUGACUUCAGUUCAGGCUUUGAGAGAGUUUAUCAACGAGCGACUAACUACUGCAGCCGUGGAAAUAUUCACCGUGUUUGAACAAACUAUCGUCCAGUACGAAGAGCAGAUCGAUCAGCAGCGAAGAUUGUUGGAAAUCAGCAGCAAACCCCAGAUCCAGUUCCACAGAGCAGAGUUUCCACAGCAACAUGACUGCAGGGAGGCGCAGCUCUUUCAGCAGGAAACCAGCUACUGUCUGGAGCAGCUGGAACCACAACCUCCACAGAUCAAAAAGGAACGAGAACAGCCAGGACUUGGGCAGUUUACAGAGGACCAGGAGAAACCAGAACCUUCACGGAAUGAGCAGCAUGAGGAACUUGGCAUCAACCAGGAGGGACAGCGGUUUGUCCUAAAGUUUGAAAGUGAAAGCUUUAGAGUUCCUUCUAUUGAGGAGAAACGUUACCUGAGUGAACCAGAGCAAGUACCCAGCACUGAGCCGUUCCUCCCUCGUGACUCUGACGUCCACCAUGUGAAAAAACAAACUGUUGCAGAAUCAACGACAAAUGUAGAGAUGAAGAAAAUCAUAUUUCAUGGUGAUCAUGUGGAGAAGUUUCCUGUGUCAGAGGCGCAGGCUGAAUGUGAAGUGCUGCUUUGUGAUGAAACUUAUGGUGAAAAUGUCCGUAAAAAACAAAAAAUGUCUCAGAAAUUAGGAACUGACACUGAUAAGAGGAAAAUAAUUUGUGAGAUGUGUGGGAAAAGUUGCAACCGACAAAGUGAUUUGUUGGUCCACAUGAGAACUCACACAGGCGAGAAGCCGUAUUCUUGUGAAACAUGUGACAGAAGUUUCAAUCGACAGAGUAACUUGUUGAGUCACAUGAGAACUCACACGGGCGAGAAGCCGUUUUCUUGUGAAACAUGUGGGAAAAGCUUCACUCGACAGAGUAACUUGUUGAGUCACAUGAGGAUUCACACAGGCGAGAAGCCGUACUCCUGUGAAACCUGCGGGAAAAGUUUCAGCCAGCACAGUAGUUUGAUGAGUCACAUCAGAACUCACACAGGCGAGAGGCCGUAUUCUUGUGAAACCUGUUUUAAAAGUUUCCGUCGGCAGGAUAGUUUGUUGGUGCACAUGAGAACUCACACAGGUGAGAAGCCAUAUUCUUGUAAAACAUGUGGGACAAGUUUCAGUCGACAGAAUAAUUUGCUGGUCCACAUGAGAACUCACACAGGUGAGAAGCCGUAUUCCUGUAAGACCUGUGGGACGAGUUUCACUCGACAUUGUCACUUGUUGGUCCACAUGAGAACUCACACAGGUGAGAAGCCGUAUUCUUGUGAAACAUGCGGGAAAACUUUCAUUCAACACAGUAGUUUGAUGAGUCACAUGAGAACUCACGCAGGCGAGAAGUUAUACUCUUGUGGAACAUGUUUCAGAAGUUUCACUAAUCCUAGCUCUUUGCUGCUCCACAUGAAAACUCACAAAGAGAUGAGGUCAUGAAAGACUCUUUGGGACAUCUCGCUCAGGAAGUGCAGCUCGAGCCCCAAAUCACAAGGUGUCAUGUAAACGCGGUUGAUUUUAUUUUGUUUCUGGUUUGUAACAAAAAUGACAAGAUUUGAAUAAAUUUGGUUUGCAUUUGUGUUGAACUACCAUAGACUGUAUAAUAAAGAUGGAUGUAGCACUGUUGACAUCACCUGUUGGUUUCUGCACUGAGAAAAUGAAGAUGAAGCCGGAGUCAAUCCCAGUUUACAAUGGGCGAAGGCGGGAUACACUGUAGACACGUUGCCAGUCCAUCUCCGCACCGACACACAUAUUCACACCCAGAGUGAACCUCGCAUGCAUGUUUUUGAAUUGUAGAAACUGGAGUACUUGGAGAUAACCCAUUUACACACAAAGUAGAAAUAUGCAAACUCCACAGAGAGAAGACCUGGCAUGUAUCUGAAGCCAUGACCUCUCGCUGUUAGGACUAACCAUUGCUCCACCGUGUGGCCGUCACUAUUAGAAUGUAAUUAACUUCAUUCCAAGCUGCAUUUUUUUUCAUUACAAUAUUGUGCAUUAAAAUAAAACA